UGCAAAAAAGAAAAAUUCAUAAUUGCAAAUUGCGCGACAGAAGAACAGUAUAAGAUAAGAAGAAGAAACUGAAAUAUCAUUGGGACCGGAACAAAGAAAAUAAAAAUAAAACAAAGUAAAAUUUGCGAAGUGAGGAAUUAACAUCAUGAUACGUUGUUCUCUGUUCCACUGAUUUCAAGAUCCGCGACACUCCCACUACUUCUCCGGUCAUAGGUGUAGUGUAAUCUAAAGGCAUUAACAGGAAGCAAAUUUAAGUGGGUACAGUUUCCCUUUUUGUAAAGCAGCAUGUCCCUGUGUACUUCCAAAGCAGUUUUUCAGGUUCUGUCCAGGACUGUGCCUCAAACUGGGUAUAAUGAGCCUCGUGUGAAUUCUUCAGAUUUAACGUUACAUUCCCGGUUUGGAGUAAAAUGCAUGAAGAAAAGAUCCUCAAGGCAUAGGGAUUUAAUUGUGUGUUCUAGCAUGCUCCAAAGCCGGUUAAGAACACAUCAAUUUCAGUGGAUGGGUGUCACUUUGCAUGACCACAAUAAAACCUAUAGUCGUCCAUGGUUAAAGACAUGCAACUGCCAACGGGCUGAAAGUGCGAGUGGCGUAGCUGCAGGAGAUGGAAAUGGAUCAAGACUUUUGAAUGAUGUUGAAACAUCAAAUUCAGCAAGCAAUGUGAUGAGUACAAAGCAUAUCCUAGAGUUUGAAGAUGUCCAAGUCCAUCAGUUGAAACAGGAAGAGAUUUUGGCAUCUAAUGUUUCAAAUGGAGCUAUUAGUGACGGCUUUGACUCUUCCAUGGAGGAAGAAGCAUGGGACUUACUUAGGGAGUCUGUAGUUUACUAUUGUGGCAAUCCCAUCGGAACUAUUGCUGCAAAGGACCCGACCAGUUCCAAUACUUUGAAUUAUGACCAGGUCUUUAUUCGUGAUUUCAUUCCUUCGGGAAUUGCCUUCCUAUUGAAGGGGGAGUAUGAUAUUGUUCGGAAUUUUAUCCUUUAUACACUUCAGUUGCAGAGCUGGGAAAAAACUAUGGAUUGUCAUAGUCCAGGACAAGGCUUGAUGCCUGCAAGUUUUAAGGUUCGGACAGUUCCUCUUGAUGGUGAUGAUUCUGCAACGGAAGAAGUUUUGGAUCCUGACUUUGGAGAGGCAGCCAUUGGGCGUGUUGCUCCUGUUGAUUCUGGAUUGUGGUGGAUUAUUUUAUUACGAGCCUAUGGAAAAUGCUCGGGUGAUCUAUCAGUUCAAGAGAGAGUUGAUGUGCAAACAGGAAUUAAGAUGAUUUUGAGGUUGUGUCUUGCUGAUGGCUUUGAUAUGUUCCCGACCUUAUUAGUAACAGAUGGUUCUUGCAUGAUAGAUCGGAGGAUGGGAAUUCAUGGGCAUCCUUUGGAGAUUCAGGCACUGUUUUAUUCUGCCUUACUCUGUGCACGUGAGAUGCUUACUCCAGAGGAUGGAUCAGCUGAUCUUAUCCGGGCACUGAACAACCGUCUGGUAGCUCUUUCAUUUCAUAUUAGAGAAUACUAUUGGAUUGAUAUGAAAAAAUUAAACGAGAUCUACCGUUACACAACAGAGGAGUACUCCUAUGAUGCAGUUAACAAGUUCAACAUAUACCCAGAUCAGAUUUCUCCUUGGUUAGUGGAAUGGAUGCCAAACAAAGGAGGCUAUUUAAUUGGUAACCUACAACCAGCUCACAUGGACUUCCGAUUUUUUUCCCUGGGAAACUUGUGGUCUGUUGUAAACAGUUUGGCCACAGUGGAGCAAUCGCAUGCCAUAUUGGACCUUGUUGAGGCCAAAUGGUCAGAUUUAGUGGCAGAGAUGCCAUUCAAGAUUUGUUAUCCUGCUCUUGAGGGUCAGGAGUGGCAGAUAAUCACAGGCAGUGAUCCUAAGAACACGCCCUGGUCCUACCAUAAUGCAGGCUCCUGGCCGACACUGCUCUGGCAGCUCACAGUUGCAAGCAUAAAGAUGAAGCGAACACAUAUUGCUGCAAAGGCUGUUGAAAUGGCUGAGAGACGCAUAGCAAGAGACAGGUGGCCAGAAUAUUAUGACACGAAGAGAUCUCGACUCAUUGGAAAGCAAUCUCGACUAUAUCAGACUUGGUCCAUUGCUGGAUACCUUGUGGCGAAGUUGCUGCUUGCAGACCCGAGUAAAGCAAACAUACUGAUCACUGAAGAGGAUUCUGAGCUUGUGAAUGCUUUGAUCAGUGCCAAUCCUAGAGGAAAGCGUGGACGCAAAAAUUUGAAGCAAACUUACAUUGUAUGA